AUGCCAGAGUUGUCUUCAAGAAGUACUGCUGUUUCGAAGAAAGGGUUUAAGAGAGCUGUUACGAAAACUCAAAGUAAAGAAGGAAAGAAGCGCAGAAGAUGCAGAAAAGAGAGUUAUUCGGUUUACAUCUAUAAAGUGUUGAAACAAGUGCAUCCGGAAACCGGUAUCUCCUCGAAAGCCAUGAGUAUCAUGAAUUGUUUCGUAUCUGAUAUCUUUGAGCGUAUUUCAAGCGAGGCGUCCCGCUUGGCCCAUUACAGUAAGCAAUCGACUAUCACAUCCAGGGAGAUUCAAACGGCCGUCCGCCUGUUGCUGCCAGGAGAGCUGGCUAAGCACGCUGUGUCUGAAGGCACCAAGGCUGUUACGAAGUACACCAGCUCCAAGUAA